UCUGUUCACAGUUCAGUCAAACGGGUUUAAUGAAAGAGGUAGCUCCCCCACCCUCUGAGUGACUCAAGUAGAAACAUCAUCACCCACCAACCAACAAAGUGUCCGUCCAUGGCCACCUCGUCCCACCCCAUCAUCGUCCUCCUCUUCGUUCUCGCGGCCGCCGUCGUGUCCCCGGCCGCCGCCACCGACCACAUUGUUGGCGUCAACCGUGGAUGGAACCCCGGCAUCAACUACACCCUUUGGGCCAACAACCAGACCUUCUACGUCGGCGACCUCAUCUCGUUUAGGUACCAGAAGAGCCAGUACAACGUGUUCGAAGUGAACCGGACGGGCUACGACAACUGCACGACCGAAGGAGCCAUCGGCAACUGGAGCAGCGGCAAGGACUUCAUCCCGCUCAACAAGGCCAAGCGGUACUACUUCAUCUGCGGGAACGGCCAGUGCUUCAACGGCAUGAAGGUCUCCGUCCUCGUCCACCCCCUGCCUCCUCCGCCGUCCGCCUCCGUCGCCGCCGGCAAUUCGUCCUCCGCUUCCGCCGAUCGCAGGGUUCUCCGAAACGGGUCCCUGGGUUAUCGGGUUCUUGUUGCUCUCGUGGGGUCGGUUUGGAUAGGGAUAGGAUCUGGUUGGGUCUUCUAGGAGGAUAAAGCUGUUCCUCUCUCUCUCUCUCUCUUUUUCUGUCCUGUCACGUAUGUUGGGAGGUUUAUGACUGCUUAGUCUUAUUUUCGUUUUGGUUAAACGAGGGUUAUUAUUUCCGCAAUUGGAGCUUGGCCUGCUUAUAAUUUACCCAGUUAUCUUGCUAUGAAUUGGAAACAGGCUUUAGCUAUUUUUCCC